AAAAGCUAAAUGUGGGAAUAAACUCGAUCGCGAACCAUGUGGGACAGAAUAAUGGAAAUAUUUUGUAAGUUUAGCCCUGAGUCCACAAAGUCGCCUUCUUCGAAACCAUCGGCGAGCGGGUUAACUGUAUUUUGUUUUUACAUAUUUGGGACGCUUUCCUUCUUCAACCAAGAGUUGUUGUACACGGCAUCGGAGGACAUUCUAAGCGGUAGAGAUCUUCCAACUGCUACAGUUCUUGUGUGCUUUGUGGUGCCAUUGUUGGCUGUGAAAGUUCUUGCGCCCUGGUUUAUACAAAGAAUUCCUUAUGCUGUGAAGGUGUCUUUUAUCGCUCUGACCAUGGCUCUCGGACUAGCAGUCAUCGCGUUCGUCGAACAAAUAGCUUUGAAGUUAGUGGGAAUUGUUUUGAACGCCUUGGCUUCAGGGACAGCGGAAGUAACAUUUUUGGGUCUAACUUCGUUCUAUCCGCAAAUCUGUAUCAGUUCUUGGGUUGCUGGAACAGGGAUGGCUUCGCUCGUUUCGCCUCUUUAUUAUACAGGUAAAAAAAACCUCUGUUCUUUAUAAUAUAGUCGUUUCAGUUUCGUAGGCAAAUGUUUUUGAACUCACUCGUAUUUUAGCGAACUGGCCACACGGAAAAGCACAGCUUUCUAGUCAGCUUUCUUUUGAAGAGUAUUUUAUUCAGUAAUAACUGACUCGAUGGUCCUUUUCAAGCGUUACUCAUUCUAUAGCGAAGGACGGAGGGAAACUUGUUCGUUGAGUAUACGAAUCAAGACUUUGCUUUUCAUCAUGAAUGGACCCAGCAAUACUGUCCUUUAUUAUACUUAACUGUAAAUGGUCACUUUGUUUGCGAUUCAGAGACAAUAAUUAUUCGAUCGGAGAGUAAUUUUCAAUGUUUUAUUUAUAAGGUAUGUUUUUUUGUGUGUGUUUUUUCAGUUUCUUGUUCUCGAAAAUUUAGGAUUUUCUUGUAUUUUUUCCCCCAAAUUUUAAUCGGAAGCACCUGCUAGGAAAACCCACGUUUGCGAGAAUAUUUUCCGGAACGAUUGUCUGACCUUUAAUUAUUGUAUUUAAAUUUAAGUUAUGCCUGGAGGGAAGGGGAAAUUUGGCCAUGCGGCUGGCUAAAAAUUAUUUUAUGAAAAAUUGGUCUUAAGAUGGCAAGCCGGAGAGAGAAGUUAUUUUGACAGAAACAAAAUAAGCUUGAAUUGCACUUUAAAUUCAAAAAAUUUAUGUUACAAUGUAUUUUAUCAACCUAGAAAACUAGUUCGCAAAUUGGUGAAGAUCAGUUUGUAUUAUUUUAUUCGCACUCUAAAAAGGCUUCUCAAAUUAAAAUUUUAAGAAAUAAAACCGGCCAGCAAAAUUUUUUCUCUUGGCCCGACGAGGGCUGUGAGUCACUCACCACCCUUGCAUGUUUAUAAUAUAUAAGAUAAAUAUUUUUUUUCUUUAAUCGCCUCUUAGUGGUUGCAUUUUUUAAUGUCUUUUUACAGGCGUUGUCAUCUGUGCCUUUCAAAUAACACUUCUUUGUCAAAAACAACUGCUCUAUUUCAGUCAUUUUCCCGUUUGAAGUCAUUGCCCCUAUUAUACUACUUUAAUCAAUUUUUUUACUGUUUGACUGUCGUUAGAAGUAAAAUGCGUGUAAAAAUAUAUGCCUUUAAUACUGUCUAACUGCCUGAGGUCAAGAAGGUUGGAUAUAGACCAAGUUUUUCUCAUGCGUUUUAAGGGACCGAACCGAAGUUGAGGUCAAUAAAAUGGCAUUUAAACUGAAAGAAUUUGAGGCCGAUAUCCAGCUAUCGUGACCACCGAACAAGCUUAGUCAAUACAGGAUUUAUUACAUGGGAAAGAUCUUUUUUCUUGUGGGAGCAAAGCGGAAAAUUCCGAGCUGGCAAGAAAGGCUCACGUUAAGAGGAGUAAGAGCAGUCUCUAGUCUCCAGGUCUCCCUCGCUAUACUCAUGUUUUAGAUAUAGGACAAAACACCACAAAAGUUCUUGCAUUGAAUAAGGUGACGUGUAGCCUUGGCAUUGGUUCGUCCCAUAUAAGGGAAUCCAGGAAAUUUUUGCCUGUGGAAUCCGGAAUGGGGCUCAUGGAAUAAGGAAUCCCGUUAAUCAUUUGAAUCCAGAAUCCAAGUUCCACUGAAGACUGGAAUCCAGAACCAUGAGACUGUCCUGGAUUCCCUUGCAAGGAGCAACUGCAUAUAAUUAACAAUUAGUAAAAUCCAACUAGUGGUCCAUUAUCAAUGCUACGUCUAUUAUCAAUGCUACUACUAGGCUAUAUGUUAUAGCCCACUAGUGGCGAAAAGCGCCGACUUCGAAAACCAAAACAGUGGCGGCUUAAUCUCGUUUUGCUAGCUUACGUUGUUUUGUCUCGAUAUUUUUGACCAACUAGUUGGAUUUUACUAAAAACAAUUAUUCAUCUCGCCCUCAUGCCUCUGAGUCAAUAGCCCAUUCGGCCUUCGGCCUCAUGGGCUAUUGUCUCUUAGUCCAUUCGGGCUCGAGGAGUAGUGGUUAAAUAUACCAUGAUUGCUAGUUAAGCCAACCAGAGCUCUAGACACGUCUUGAUUUGCAUUUUGGAAAUGGUUAUUAUUGUCAUAAGUUAGUCAGUUUUAGUUGAGUUAGUUUGUCGUUUUUGACAAAGUUGAGAGAAAUAAAAGUCAGAUCAAACUCGUUUUUUUUUCUUGCUUUCAGCUGUCACAACAUGGACUUGCGUCUCACCCAAAGUCGCAACCAUGAUAACAGUUCCUUUUCCCUUCCUGCUGAUGAUGUUUUACGCCGUUUUGGACAAGUCUAACGUCCUGAGUAUCUCGCGCAGGCCUCAAGAACGAGUUGAAGUCGAAUACACAGCCGUGGGGACCUCUGAUAGCGCCGAGAAGCCAGCGUCGAUUCCUGAAAGACUUUCAUUCGGCGGGAACCUCCGUAUUGGUGUCAAAAUUCUUCCGUUCAUCAUCCCUUUAGCUUUCAGCUACUUCGCGGAGUAUAUGUCAACUUCUGCCGUUGUUACUACCAUAGCCUUUCCUAACUCGGGCGUAAUGCCUCGAGAUCACUAUCUCUAUUACGCCUUGGCAUACAGACUCGGCAAGUUCGUUGGCAGAGGUUAUCUGUUCAUAUUUGCUUGUUUGCCUGACGAGGCCAUAGAGUUCUUGAAGUGCGAUAAGACCUGGAUAUUUGCAGGUGAGGCUCAAAAUAUUUUUAUACAGUCGAAACUCACCUUGCGACCACUCUCGUAACCGACCACUACCACGUUUGUGAGACCUCGUUUCAAUAGCCUGCUUGCAAGCUCUCCUUUUAUAGCAAACAAAGGGAGCCACCACAGAACGCGCGAGUAAGCGGCAAAGCCGCGAGAGGCCGCACUCGCGUGUCUUCUCGCGUGACUUCUCGCGAGUCCCACAAACGGAGAGCUUGCUCGCAGGCUACCGUUUGAACUGUGUCUUAAACUUUGUAGUGUCAUGUAGCAGCUACCCUAACCUUGAAACAAUGGGAAAUAAUGAUAAACAAUGAUGUGUUUAUAAAUCAACACUCUAAUGAAACUGCACACUGCCCUAAUUGGUUCGUUGUUAAAGAACUGGGGUGUUUUUUUGGUCUAAAAGAUUGGGCAUAAAGUUUAGCAGAUAUAAAGACACUCUUUAAACAUCAUUUUUUCUUUUGUCUUUUCUUUAUGAAUUACUAAUGAGUUUCUAAAGCUCUCGAAAACGUCCACCCUCUACUGUUUUGCCCAGCGGAGCGCCUUGCGCUACUAUUGAACAAAGAGACAUCAUCUGGGCCUGAUUUUUAACAUUAUAUGUCAACCGCCCAUGCUACUAAACUAGUUAUUUAGUAAAUAGUUUACUCGUGAAAAGGUGCAUUAUGGGAGAUGUGGAAUUGGCGUAUCAGAACAAAAAAAGUUUUUGUUUUUUCGAGCAACUUUUGAGCAACUUUCGUUACAAAAAGCAAAUUUUGAUGGUUUUUUUAGCACCUUUUGCGCAAAUUUUUCGAGAAAUUACGGGAAACGUUUUGGAAAAUCCCGAGCAACUUGCGGAAAGCCCCACUAGUGGUGCCAUAUGAUUACUCACGAUUAUUCUUUGUUUGUUGCAGUGCUAAACAAUGCCCUUCUCAUCUUCUUUGUGUUCGAGUCUUGGUACCAUUUUCUCCCGUAUAUUUGGAUCAUGAUCGCUCUCUGCUCCAUCCUGGGUAUCGUUGCUGGGAUGAUUGUCUUGCAUUCGCCCCAUGCCGUCGCGCGGCGUGUUUUGCCUGAGGAAAAAGAGUUUGCAUUGGGACUAUUAACGGUUGGUAAUGCUGUGGGAGCAUUUGUGGCCGGAUUCGUUGGUCUGGCUGUGGAGCCAUACCUGACGGCGGAAUGUAAACAACAUUUCCCUGCCACAUCAGACUACUGCUUUACACGGGUUUCAACCACAUCGGGAUGGGAUACCAAUAUUCACUGCUCUUAA